ACAGAAAACAAUGAGCAAAUUUCAUUAAAAAAAGAUGAAUAAAAGAAGAAUACCAAUCUUACCAAAUAUUUUUAAUCUUGAUAUUGAGAGACGUUUCAUCAAACUCCUAAAAAAAAAAAGAAAACAUGUUUGGCUGAAUAAAUAAGAUGAAAAGAAGUUCGGUCGAUCUUUUGUUGGAAGGCGGCACCGUCGAUCGCGAUCCAUCGGCGAGCCCUGUUGAACUUGGAGGGUGUCUCGGAGGGGAAAAGACGAGGGAAAGCAUUCCUUUUCAAACAUUGUCCAUCCAUUCCGUUCUCCUCUCUUGCCUGCUUCUCUUCACCAUCGCCAUGAGCUCUGACCCCUCUGCAGGAGACCAGAAUGCGAGCAGCGGUACCGAGCCCGGUGCCAAGAAAGCCAGGAUCGACACCGAGAUGGUUGUUCCUCAAGGUGGUCGAAACCCCAGCGACUCGGUAGACGGGUCGGCGGGGAAUACGAUCUUGAGCGGCUCUGACGAGCCUGUCAGCGACCGUUUGAAGGACGCAUAUCCGGGGAUUGUUAUUGAAGCGGAUGCUGCUGAGGACAAGGGCUCACGGCACACCAUGGAAGACGCCUGGGUGAUCCUUCUAGACGAGGGGGAGUCUUCGCUUCCUGAUCAAAUGAGGUGUUCUCAUUUUGCAAUUUAUGAUGGUCAUGGAGGUCGUUUGGCUGCUGAUUUUGCAAAGAAUCAUUUGCAUCAAAAUGUUCUCUCUGCUGGGCUACCACGUGAGUUGCAGUUGGAUUUGAAGGCAGCAAAAAGGGCCAUUCUUGAAGGUUUCCGGAAGACUGAUGAACUAUUACUCCGAGAAAGUACUGCAGGUGGAUGGCAAGAUGGUGCAACAGCUGUUUGUGUUUGGGUUCUCGCAAGAACAGUUAUGGUUGCUAACAUUGGAGACGCAAAAGCGGUCUUAGCUCGAUCCCUAGGGGAUGGAUCACAAGAUGGACAUGAUGCAUCAAGCUGGCUUUUGAAAGCGAUUGUUGUCACAAGAGAGCACAAAGCCAUUUAUCCACAAGAACGUGCCCGCAUUCAAAAAGCUGGUGGUUCUGUGGCUUCAAAUGGCCGACUGCAAGGGCGUCUUGAGGUCUCUAGAGCAUUUGGAGAUCGCCAGUUCAAAAAGGUUGGAGUUUCUGCAGUUCCGGAUGUUCACUCAUUUGAUAUUACAGAGAAGGAGCAAUUCAUAAUUCUUGGUUGUGAUGGACUAUGGGGGGUUUUUGGACCAAGUGAUGCUGUUGAAUUUGUUGGGAAACUGUUGAAGCUCUCUUGAGUGUUGGUCACACCCCAUGGUUUCCAUUGGCGACUUGCAUUUCCAGAUAAAAACAUAUGCUCUCGCUGUCAGUAUUCUGAAGGAUAUUUGUCUGUACUUUGUAUCCUGGACCGGAGCUAGUAAGAAUCUGGUAAACCUAGUGAUGGAUUUCAGUCACUCAUAUCUGACUCACAUCAUGGACUGACAUCCCUUAAUUAUCCAGCCAAUGACAGAAGUGGAAGUGUUCAACUGGACUUUGAUCACUGAUCAUGGAUCCAAGUUACAAGUAUGCCUGACUGGGAUAUUCAUCGGUCAAGAUGGCAUUGAUUGAGCAACAUUUUUAUUCAUGACCUAUUUCCUUUCAUGAAGAUGAACUUUCAAUUUAAUCAGUGCACUUAUGGAAGUAUAUUUGUUUCAUUUCAU